AAUGAUUCCUUUUACAGAGACCCAAAUGCUAAGACUGGUGCUCAGGUACUUUGUCUCAGCUUUCUGUAUUAUCACCUAACUUCCCUGUGAGUUUUUGAGUGUGUGUUUAACUUCACCAAUCCCAGGACGUCCAUUAUCCUUGAACUUUCCUCAGCGGGGAAUUCAACAUGUCUGGGUUUUAAUCCCUUAGAAUGGUGGCUUCAGCUGUGAAAGUUUUAGCUAAGAUUUUAAUGACCAAGUUUAAGAAAAUGCAACAGAUAGACCAGCAGGUGUUCCAAUUACAUUCCCCAUUAAAUGGCUUUUUGUGAGGGUUUAAAAGUUACUAUGGUCUACGCUGCACUAUGCUCACCAGCGGGGAAGACUUCAGUGUCCCAGAAAAAAAAAUCAUAUAAAAAGAAAGCUAGACAGACAGAAACAUUGAAGUACUCAACCUACUGACAGAAGCUUGGUAUCCCUUUGGCUUUCACAUCCAAACAGGUAAAAUUUUUUGUUUUUCUAGCAUUGUUUUAAUGUUGCUCGUUACUGUAUGUCUAAAGGGUAUCUUGGGUCAAGUCAUCACAUGCCUUUGAUGGUAUCCAAGGAAGCCUCGCCCUCUACUGACUGACCUUAUCACCCACCAGCCUUGGGGGAGAGCCAACCUUUGAGGAACCUAGCAGUGUUGGACAUUGACUUUUAGCCUCAUUCUCAUCAGAUGAAAUUAACUUGGAGGCAUGUUUUAUCAACUAACUAUACACUUAACCUGGCGAGGGGGGCAUCCGAGGUAAUGCCUUCCCUAAAUGAGUAUUUAAUUCUCCCUCGGUCUUGAAGCUGGUCUGACCAGCUAUUAUACUUCAAAGACUAGAUGACAGACAGAAAAAUGUCAACAGUGCCAAAGGGUAGCAAAUUCAUGCAACCUUUUAUUAGCCAGAGAUACCCAGUAGGUACUUCUUUUUUCAGAGCAGAUGGCCCUGCUCUAACUUCAUGAAUGACAGAGUUGAGAACUAAUUUAUAAUGGGUAAUGCAUGGGCAAAGUUUCAAUUUGGUAAGGGAUGAAUUAUGGGUUUUGGGUAACCCAAAUAAACAAAAAGUGGACUACAUUACCACAAAAAAGUACUGAACAUGUCAGAAUCUAGUACAGGUGCCUGUUCCCAGUGUCUGUGAAGCUUAAGACAGGCAGAUGCCCCCAUUUCCUUGCCUCUGAACAAGCUGUGUGUCUGCAGUUUCUGUGGAGCCAGUGGUCCGGGUGCUGGCUUCUUUCCAAAGUAUCCUUCGCUCUGUGUCUUGAUGUCCCUUAGAAUGGAAACGAUCCCCAAACUGAUGGCCGCUGUUGUUCUGUUGACUGUGUGUUUGGAAGGCUGCUCCAGCCAGCACUGGUCCUAUGGGUUGCGCCCUGGGGGGAAGAGAAAUACUGAACACUUGGUUGAUUCUUUCCAAGAGAUGGGCAAGGAGGAGGAUCAAAUGGCAGAACCCCAGAACUUCGAAUGCACUGUCCACUGGCCCCGUUCACCUCUUAGGGAUCUGCGAGGAGCUCUGGAACGUCUGAUUGAAGAGGAAGCUGGGCAGAAGAAGAUGUAAUGCACUGGCCCAGAAGGAUCCACAACAUCCGAGUGUGACAUUGACGCUGAGAUCCGUGACCUGUUACAGCUCUGUAAUUGUGUGGGCUUCGCAUUUCUAUACCCAGCAGCGUAGAUUUCAUAAUAAAGUAAUGUGUUGUGGAUCAAGA